GCUCAUUCGCCUGACAUCAGGCGCCGAACCUGCGCGGCUUCCAUGUCGGAAAGUAAGCCAGCUGAUGGCCGAAUCCUAGGAUCCUCGCGAGUUUGAUACACGACGCGCAGACACAUAAAGCUGCUCGCUGGCGGUAGUUCUCAGCUUGCUCUCUCACCAACUAAUUAGACCGUCGCGCGGAGAUCUACUUAUUCUUCAACGUCCCUCACGUCACUUCGCGCUUUACGCUACCCCGAAGUCUUUCUCGGUUCCCGAUCAGAAGUCGAUCGCCGCGAUGUCCGACUCCGAUGCAAGUUCUGGGCUCGAGCAAUACUCGACGUCCUCCGCGUCUUCAUCCUCGAGCUCGCUUGCCCCUGCCACUGAGGUUAGAGGGCUACAUAGGCGCCAGCUAAGCGACAACCUCAGUCAAGUGCGCGAUGCGUUUGUCGUUCCCCUCCGUGUUGCGCUGGCGACAUUCGAGGCCAAAUUCGUGCCCUCACGGUGCACUGGAAGGAGGAAGGCGGUCUGCAUCGGCAUCAACUACGUCGAUAAACUCUCCGAGAACGCUAUCGCUCGUGGAUACACGAGGCUGACCGGAUGUAUUCAAGAUACUCGGGAUAUGCAGAAUUAUCUCAUGGUCUACGAGGGCUUUGAAAAAGCCAACAUCCGCGUACUCACGGAUGAGAAGACAGCGCCAGAGGAUAUGAAGCCAACCAGGGACAAUAUCUUGGCGGCGAUGCGAUGGCUUCUUGAAGGGGCGCAACAGGACGAUACUUUGUUCUUUCAUUUUGCGGGUCAUGGCACCCAAGUCGACGACGAGGAGAAUGGCGAUGAGAUAGACCAUCUGGACGAGGCCCUCGUGCCGUGUGGAUAUCAGGACGAUUCCGACCUUAUAACGGACGACGAGAUCCAUGAGCGGCUGGUCGUACCCCUCCCUGCUGGAUGCCGUUUGACGGCUGUUGUUGAUUCUUGCACGUCGGGAACGGUUUUAGAUUUGCCGUUCGCGUAUCGCGCGCAUCUCUGUCAAUGGCUUCAUAGAAAGGAAAAGGUUGAGCACCGCCCCCAAGCGUUCACGCGUCGCGAGAUGCUCUUGUCGUGCCCAGACGUUGUAUCUUGGUCAGGGUGCAAGGAUAGCCACGUUGCCGCCGAUAGCAAGACCAUGACGAAGGCUUUCAUCAACUCCAUGAAGGAAGGUAGAAACUCGAGCUACGAGGAGAUGCUUCACUCUUUGCGUCAACGGGUAUCUGAGAUGCUGCUGAACGGAAAAGAAAGGCAGAAGCCUCAGUUCGGAACGUACUACCCAGUGGACAUGCACGCCCCCUUCUUCAUCACUUCAUCCGCGAGCUGAGGAGGAUCAGCUUUGUUAUGCCGUGAAGUCUCCCUCUCCGAUGACAGGAUUACUACUGGGAAUCUUGGGCACACUACCUAAUAUUGAGCGUUAGCAUGGCGACUCCGUGGUGUCUAUUAUCUGUCAUGUCGGUCCUAUAACUUUCAUAACGCCAUUGAUAUAUUAAAUGAGUCGCGCAGGACCCAGGAGCUUUC